AUGGCACGGAUACGGAGCCGAGGAGAUGCAGAUCUCGAGAAGGAAGGAUUUCUCAACCGUCACCCACACAGCAGCGAAGACGAUAGCAACGACACCUUCGAGGACGACGAAGGGAACCCCUCGGUCGCGUCCUCCCGCGCCACCUCUGCCUCUUACAGACCCAUGCUCGUCAACAAAGCCUACAGUUCCAAUCGAUCCUCUUCCCCGUCCUACCUCGGCAGAAUGCCUCGAUCAAUCAUGCGUUAUCUCUGCCUAGGCGUCGCCCUCACCCUCGUCAUUUUCAUCUUCUCGCUGGUGCGAAUGAGUUACGUCGCGGAGCAGGAGGUGCAAAAAGCUAUUGAGGAAGAAAAGAUCAAGCCUAGGCCUCCUCCAUGGGAAGACUUCCCAUUUCUCCAAAGAUAUUAUGGUGGAAUACGAUCAUUGGUGCCGGUGGUGAAUAACGUGCCUGAAUACCCCAGGAAGGAGGACGAGGUGGAAUGGGAGAAGUUGAAUAUCACGGAAGAGGUGGUCGAGAAUUUGACGCCAGAGGACGCUAAGGAAAGGAGAAAGAGAGCGAUCCAAUCCAGCAAGAGAUUCGACCCGUAUCCCAGCUACACUUCCCCAGAAUACGUUGCCAAAUAUGGUGAAAAGGUGGACUGUUACCUGGACGCCGAGGAUACCAUCGAGAUCCCGCGCGUACGGAUGUACGAGGGCAUUCCACGAGGGUUUCCAGACAUGGUCAUGGGUUCUGCCAAACUCCUGGGCCUCAGAGACGACAUCUGCUAUGAUCGUUUUGGUCGCUUGGGACCGUAUGGCCUCGGAUACAGCAUCAACCGAGGCGGAAGCGGUGCUCAGCAGGAAGGCGAAAGAGAAGGAGCUGAUUUAGUGUGGCAGGAAGCGCCCGAGGUGGACUGGAGGGCUGUUCAUUGGGCCGAUGCUCAGCAACGAUGUGUUUUGGCAAACAACCACCGCUUCAAGGCACUGCCUGAGAAGCCACGGAUCGACACGUUUCGAGCGAUGCCGAUUGGCACCGUCUACAACAAGAGAGAUGACAUGGCUGAUAUCGAGGCUAUGCCGGCAAAGCCCCCCGAAGCGCCGAAGAGACCAAAAACUGGGUCAGAAAAGCUUCCUCGCACAGCAGUGGUGAUUCGCACCUGGUGGGAUUACCCAUACACGCCUGAAGACAAGAUCUACCUUCGUUCCCUCAUUUCGGAACUGACCAUGUUGAGCGGCGGAGAGUAUGUGGUGCAUUUCCUGGUCCAAGUCAAAUCCAACGACGUGCCCAUAUUUUCCGACGACGAAACCUACGAGCGUGUUCUUCGAGACUCUUUGCCCGAAGAAUUCCGCGGCAUGGGCACUCUCUGGACCGAGAAGCAAAUGGAGCUCAUGUACGGUGGGCUGGAAGAGACAAACAUGCGCGGAUUACCCGUCCACGGAGUGUAUCGCAGCACCUUUAUGCCCAUGCAAUACUUCGCCUAUCAACAUCCCGAGUACGAUUUCUUCUGGAACUGGGAAAUGGACAUUCGAACCACGCAUCACUGGUACCAUUUCUUCGACAGUGUCACCAAAUGGGCCAAGCAACAACCCCGCAAACUCCUCUGGGAGAGAAACAGCCGGUUCUAUGUUCCAUCUGAACACGGUGAAUGGGAAGAUUUUAGUCAAAUGGUUCGCAUUCAGACGGAACAUGGCACAAACAGCAUCGCCAAUUUGUGGAGCAGCCUGAACCGCGCAAACAAGGAUCUCAAUGACCCGAGUUCCAAGAAGACGCCAACUGGAGCGAUGAAACAACAAGGCGACAAGCCAAUCUGGGGUCCUGAACGACCGCUUGAUGACGAUGUCGCCAUGGAUACCGAUCCAACUCCACCCACCUCGUUUGAAAAGGACAAAUACACGUGGGGUGUCGGCGAAGACGCGGACCUGAUCGUGUUUAACCCGCUGUUCGACCCCGAUGGCACGACGUGGCUUCUCACGGACGACACCACAGGCUACAACAUCACGCAGGGCCGCCCUCCACGCCGCACUGCGAUAAUAACCGCCUCUCGUCUCUCUCGCAAAUUGUUGGUGACGAUGCACAAGGAAACCGCCCUGAAGAAACACACCAUGUUCUCUGAAAUGUGGCCCGCUUCCUGCGCGCUACAGCACGGUCUGAAGGCCGUCUACGUGCCCCAUCCAGAAUACAUUGAUCGCAAAUGGCCCACCAAUUACUUGGCGUCGGUCUUCAAUGGAGGCCGCAACGGCGCCACGGGCGGCGCCCGCACCUCCGUCUUUGGCGAGCGCGAGCACAACUUCAGAGGCACGACGUGGUACUACAAUGCGGGCUUUCCCGAGGUGCUCUGGCACAGAUGGCUGGGGAUGAAGUUCAACAACGACGGUGGAGAACAGUUCGAGGUUGCGGGCGAGGGGAGGAUGUGUUUACCGGGAAUGCUCCUGCACCCGAUCAAGAGGGUCGAGCUGGUUCAGGAAGGCAGGAGAGCCGAUCAAGCUGGAUAA